CUGGCCUGGCCCAGUAGAAUGAGUGCUCGUCGCGGUGGCUCCAGUAUCGCCUCCUGCCGCCUGCUGCAAUGCGUCUUAAUCCUGUGCGCGGUGUCAUAUUUGGAGGCACGCGAAGAAGGCGAUGCAUGUAUGGUGAAAGAGAAUCUGCCGGGAGUUUGUCAGGCCUCAUCCAAGUGCGAGCCGCGAAUUGACAAAUAUAUCAAAACGGGCAAGUUGACCGUCGACAAGGUGCCCAGCUGCGGCCUGGGCCCGUACGAGGAGAUCGUCUGCUGUCCGACUACCGACUGCUGCGAGGAGGAUAAGGGCCCAAGCCAGGUCCCAGACACCACAACCACAACUAGCUCAACAACAUCCACCACAAGAGCCCCGCUGCCCACGACGAGAGCUUCGAUGUCAAAGCUAGACGAGGAGUCGCCCUAUUUUGACUUUCAGCAGCUGAUCAAUAACAAGCCAAAUACACAGCUACAGCCAGAGCCACAGCCAAAUACACAGCCACAGCCUCCGGAUGGAUUUCCACCUCAAACUCCAUUCCAGAGGCAGCUCAAGCCCCUAAACCCAUUGGGGCCCAAUGUGCCAGUGAUAACCCAUGAUGCCAUGCGAGAACAGCCAAGAUUCCAGCCCAGUCAGCAGCCCAUUGGGCAGGAGGGCAGGGGCCAGUUUCAGGAUGUGGGACCCUGGGGUCAGGCGCCUGCCAUGGGAAGGGAGCCAAAGAUCAUUAACAGGCCGCUGUCGUGGGGGCCGCAGCAGAGACCAGGCCGAAGACCAGUCCCAGUCCGAGCCCCAUCACCAGACCCGCGACCAAUGCCAGCUGCUCAGCCUCAUGACCUAAUACAGCUGGUCAAUCAACGGCUACGUCAGCAGGGCAUGGACAUUGUGCCCGCCAAUCAGGUGGUCACAUUUGAGUUGCCCAGGGAGCCGAUGACGAUGUCGAUGACGAUGCCGCCGACGACAACGACGACCACGACGACCACGACGUCCACCGCGCGUCCAGCUGUUGUAACAGUCCCCAAUGUGGAUUUAGAUCCCUGGGCACCAUUCCGCUUUCGGGAAAGACCCCUCGAUGAGAUCGAGACGAAUGAGCUGGGCAACGGCGAUGCUGCACCAUUUGGGCCGGAGACCACAACGAUACGAACUAUUCAAGCCACGCCCACCACUCGAGUAGAUGUAUCCGAGCAGGAGCGACCAGCUGUGCGAGCUUGUCGCUUGUUUGAGGACCUCCAGAAGGAGCGCCAAAGGGAGGGCCAAAAGGAGGCCUUAACGCUCCAUAUACUGGACGGUAUUCCGGUGGAGCCUGGUGUAUAUCCGCACAUGGCGGCAAUUGCGUUUAGUAACUUUGGCACCUUUGUCUAUCGUUGCGGCGGUUCGCUGAUCUCAAAUCGCCAUAUCCUGACGGCAGCCCAUUGCUUCAAUGAGGAUCUGCCCGUUCAUGCUCGCCUGGGAACGGUGAAUAUCGAACAAUUGGGCGAUUUUUACCAGGACAUUGCCAUAAAGGAAAACAUUGCCAUACAUCCGGAAUAUGUGAGCACCAGCAAGUACAAUGAUAUUGCCAUACUUGAGCUGGUCGAGGAGCCCAGGCUGAGUCUAUACAUAUCCCCGGCGUGCCUGGAAACGAAUCUCUUUGAUCCGCCAGAAACUGCACAGCUCUUUGUAGCCGGCUGGGGCACCAUGAAUCAGACCACACGACGCACAUCGAAAAUAUUGCUGCGUGCACCCCUCAAUACUGUUCCAUUGGAUCAGUGCAAUGUCAGCUUUGCCCAGCAGCCGAAUACGAAACGCUUCCUAAAGGAGGGCGUCAUUGGGUCGCUGUUUUGUGCGGCGGACAGGAAAUUCAAGAAGGCGGAUGCCUGCCAGGGUGACUCCGGUGGUCCGCUGAUCCUCGAACGGGAUAUUGUGAACAACAAGUAUAGCAUUGUGGGCAUCAUAUCAUCUGGCUUUGGCUGUGCAACCAAAACCCCGGGCCUGUAUACACGGGUCGCCUCCUAUUUGGGAUUCAUCGAGCAGGUCGUGUGGCCAAAUAAUGUUGUUUAACUAAUCACCGAUAUUAAAGGAUCUUCAAUGUAUAGCACUAAAUUCUAAGCAAGUCGAUUUUAAAUACAAAGCUCAACCGGUUUUACUCUAAUACCUUAA